AUGUGGGGAAAGAAAUCAAAGGCAAUCGAAAAUACAGGAUUUAUGGGUGAUAUGAGUGAAGAUCAAGAAAGGGGCUUAGAGGAGUUCAGAACAUAUUUAAAAAAUAACAAUAUUGCUGAUCAUCCCUAAUAUGAUGACUAUUAUCUACUCAGAUUCUUAAGAGCCAGAAAAUUCGAUUAGGAAAAAACGAAACUCAUGUUUAACAACUUCAUCACAUGGAGAAGAGAUAACGACGUCGAUAAUAUCAUUGAUAAUUAUCAAUUCAGUGAAAUCAAUGAAUUACUUAAUGUGUAUCCUCAUGGCUAUCAUAAAAUAGAUAAAAAGGGCAGACCAAUUUAUAUUGAAAGACAAGGUAAAAUGAAAAUUGAUGAAGUCUUCAAGAUUACCACUGAGGAAAGACUUGUGAAGCAUUACAUAUAAUCUUAUGAACUUUUGCUCAAGCUGCGAUUCCCAGCUUGUUCAGCUGUAGCAGGUCAUAGAAUCGAAUAGGGUCUAUCAAUAAUUGAUCUUAAUGGAGGUUCUAUGAAAAUUUUGACAAAGAAAGUUUACGCUCUCAUCUAGCUAGCUGCUAAAGUCGGUUCUGACUACUAUCCUGAGAUUAUGGGACAGAUGUAUAUCGUUAAUGCCCCUAUGCUAUUCACAGGUGUCUGGGCAAUCGUUAAAGGUUUUAUCGACGAAAAGACAAGAAAAAAGAUCACCAUUGCAGGAGGAAAAUUUCAAAAGGAUUUAUUAGAAUUGGUUGAUGAGAAUAAUCUGCCAGAAUUUUUAGGUGGUAAGUGCACUUGUGCUGAGUAUGGAGGUUGUAUGAAGAGUGGACUUGGACCUUGGGACGAUUAUGAAAUAACCCAACCAGUAGGAAUUAGAAGGAAAUAGGAUAAUGAAGAAACUAAGACUAAUCACUGA